UGCACUUCAACGUCCCGUCGAGUGAGCCCCAGCAGCCCGCAAGAUGACCAUCAACACCCUGGCUAAAGGAGGCUGGCACCGGGAGCAGAUGUCAUGCUUCCGGAAGAUGGAGAAAGUGAUUGUGGCCAUGCAGGACCCUGACAUGGGAGUGAAGAUGAGAAACCAGAGGCUCCUUAUCACUGUCAUUCCACACGCCAUGACAGGCCGUGAUAUUAUAGACUGGUUGAUCCAGAAAUACAAUAUCUGCGAGGAGGAGGCGCUGCACGUCGGCGGCCUGCUGGUGAGAUACGGCUAUAUUUACCCCCUCAAGGAGCCCAGAUCGCUUGUGCUACGGCCUGAUGAGUCGCCCUACCGCUUCCAGACUCCUUACUUCUGGACUAGUACCCGGUGGCCUGCCUCGGAGCUGGACUAUGCGAUCUAUUUGGCUAAAAGGAACAUAAGAAAACAAGGAGAACUCAUGGAAUAUGAAAAGGAGAGGUACAGCGUGCUGCACAAGAGGAUUAACCACACCUGGGACUUUGUGGUGAUGCAAGCCAGAGAGCAACUCAGAGCGUCCAAACAGAGGAGGAAGGCCGACCGCAUUGUGCUAGAGUGUCAGGAGCAGGCUUACUGGCUCAUCAACAGACCCCCGCCUGGGGCUCAUAAUGUGUUGGACAUGGGUCUGGAGAGACCCAACAACUUCAGCUCACGCGUUACACUGAACAGUGACUACUACAAAAGUGAGAUUGAAACCUGUAGAAGGGCCCUUGGAAGAAAUCGUGUAAAGUCUUCAAUCUGCCUAGAAGGUUUCGUGAAAUACAGUGAGCAGUACCUGAACCACGAUCCCAUCAUGCAAGGCUCCCUUCCCAGUAACCCCUGGAUCUCUGAUGACACCGCACACUGGACCAUGAAUGCAGAAGUGGUGCCUGUACCGACACGUCUUCGAGUGGAACGCUGGAGCUUCAGCUUCAUGGAGCUGCUCAGCGACUCCAUGGGGAGGCGGGAGUUCAUGACCUACCUGGAGAAAGAGUUUAGUGCGGAGAACCUGUGUUUCUGGCAGGCCUGCGAGGACGUCAGACACGGAGAAAGUUCCAAGAUCGUGGAGAAAGUGGAAGAGAUCUACAAAAAUUUCCUGGCCCCUGGAGCUGCCCGGUGGGUCAACAUCGACAGUAAGACGAUGGAUAAAACUCUAGAGGGGAUCAGACACCCACAUCGUUUUGUCAUGGACGACGCACAAAUGCACAUCUACUUUCUCAUGAAGAAGGACUCUUACCCAAGAUAUCUUAAGUCUGACCUGUACAAGAACAUGCUGGCCAAAGCUGUCGUCCCCCAGGAGACAAAGAAAAGCGUAUUCCCCUUCAUGAGACGCCAGCGGCACUCUAGCCCCUCCCCAGCUCAGACUGUCACCCCGGCGACGGAGGAAGACGGACAAGCCAAGGGGGCCAGGCAAGCAGGUACCAACUCUGCAGCCGGCUCCCAUGCCUGAUGCCGAGCCAAGCUGUCAGUGUGAAAGCCAGAGCUUUUCUUUCACCGCUGCAACAUUACCAGAGCUAGGAUUUCCACAUUAGAGCUUCCUCUCAGAGCACAGGUGUUAAUGCGUACCUCAGCAGCACUUUAUUCCCUGAGCAGUGAACAGCAGAGAAAAGAGCUUUUAGUGCUGCAUAGUCAUCCUGCAUCUACAUCCCAUCUCAGUCCAGAAAGUCCGUCCUGUUGUUCUUGAUAUUGAGUCCAA